UGCCUUCGAGUAUCGCGCAUGCGUGUGUCGUUGUCGGCACACGUUCUUUCCACGAGUUGGUCAGUGUGCGUCGAACCAGCGAGGAGGAGAUAUUACAUCUGCUAUCGUUCCUUUUUCACGGAUAUUUACGGCGUUCCUUUCAAAUUUUGUUUCCUCGAUUAUCGAAACCAUCGUGGCGCUACCCAUUUUGAAUUGUCAAACGUGCUUGCAAAGCCGAGUCACGAUUACGAAGUCACUUUCCCGCGAAUGUACAGGCGUAAGUGUCGUAUCCCGCGUAUUUGUCGCGUCAGUUCGUGAGUGUAUCGCGAGUGUCCGCCACGGGAAUAAUUAUGAGUGGUAUGCUGUCGAUGUUAUGUGUUAUCCUGAUCCUUAGCGUUACGACGACGACGGUACGCGCCGGAUUGAAAUGUGACGCUGUUAAACCUUACUUCGAGUCCCAAGGCUUCCCGGCCACUGACAUUCCCAAGGAGGCGAUUUCCUCAAAGGAGCUGAAAGUAUGCGGCAGCGUGAGAAGCGGCGGCGAGGUGUGCUGCUCCGCGGACAUGGAGGUGAGAUUGCAGGCGAGGGCACGCGACAAACAUGAGAAAGCCACCAAAGAAACUCUUCAGCGGUUGCACCAGGUCCUGUCUACGAGAGGCACCAGGUUCCACAGUUUCUUCAAGGAUCUUCUCGCUAAUAGUAAAAAGGUUUUCCACGAGAUGUUUAAGAAGACUUAUGGAAUUCUCUAUGAGCAGAAUUCCUUUGUAUUCACCGAUCUGUUCAAGGAACUGGAGAACUAUUAUGCCAAGGGAACGGUCGAUCUCGACGAUACCAUGGACAAUUUUUUCAAUACUCUUUAUCAGAAAAUGUUCACGGUGCUGAACAGUCAGUACAACUUUGACAAUAAAUACUUGGAAUGUGUGGGGGAACAUAUGAAGGAAAUCAGACCGUUCGGCGAUGUCCCUCAGAAAUUAGGAGUGCAAAUCAAAAGGUCUUUCGUCGCGACAAGAGCCUUUAGUCAGGCUUUAACAGUAGCUGCGGAUGUCUUGAAGAGCAUGCAGUCGUUGAAACCAUCGGCCGAUUGUGCAGCUGCACUCACAAGAAUGACGGUGUGUCCGUCGUGCAGCGGGAUCACGGGCAACGUGUUAGCCUGUGGUGACAUGUGUGCCAACGUGAUGAAGGGUUGCCUUGCUCAACAUGCGGCUCUAGAUGCUGAAUGGAAUCACUUCGUCGAGGCCGUGGACAAGGUGGCUGACCGUCUGUUGGGUCCAUUUAACAUCGAAAUGUUAGUACGACCAAUCAACCUGAAAAUCUCGGAGGCGAUCAUGAAUUUCCAAGAGAACAGCAACGACGUUUCACAAAGGGUGUUCACUGGAUGCGGACGGCCUGUGUUGGGUAGACGCAGACGUCGAGACAAUCGAGAGUUGGAACUCGAAUCGUUGAACUUUGAUCAGGAAACGCUAACGGACGAUCGUGCUGCUAUUUUGGAUAAAUUGGUGAAAGAGACACGGCAAAGGGUGAGAGAUUCCAGACAAUUCUGGGUUUACCUGCCCUAUAAGGUUUGCAACGAUGGCCUCGUGGUUCCUCCUAGCAAUACGAAGGAAUGUUGGAACGGCACACACGUAGAUAAAUAUAUUUACCCAGUAUCGUCGAACGGAGAGGAACAAAAAUUGAAUCCAGAGGUACGAGUUACUGGAACAAGACCGACAAUAGUCAGGGACCAGGUCUUCGCAUUGACUACUAUCACAAACAGGCUGAAAUCCGCGUACAAUGGACAGGACGUCGAUUGGAUAGACACAGAAGACACCGAGUGGAACGGUUCUGGAAGUGGAUCCGGGGACAGUCCGGAUCAAGAUCCGAUCACGGACGACGAGGAUGGUUUCAAGGAAGGCUCUGGCUACGAACCGAAAUCUUCACCGCCAGAAACACCGAAACAGUCUCCUCCUGUCGAUCAUCCGGAAGUCGUGCCUGCCAGGAAAGACACAGAACAGAAGACAAAUAUCAACAACAACAACGGCACGUCCAGCGUGGACAAUGGCGCGAGCAGACAGAAAGUAUCUUUGUCUCGUGCUUUGACAACGUAUCUCGUGCCCAUAGUGGUGAUGUGGUUCGGUGGCUGCCUCACCGAGUGGCUGUGAUCAUGUGGUUUUCGAGAACAAUGCAGGACGAUGUAAAUAAAUAUUCCGUUUAACGUUACGUGACUAUACCUCGACUGGAACAGUACUGUAACACGCCGGCCAAUCGAGAAAAAUAGAGGAGACGAUGAUGAAAAUCACUUUCCGACGUCACGUAAUUUUUCAUUCAUUAGGGAAAGCGUUCUUUUACUUUCUCUAUCUACUUUAUUGGGUAUCGUACCCAAACGACCAUUAAUGUAAUAAACAGCUUAAUCCUUGCUGAUACGGAAUUCGAAAGGAAGACUGGAAUCGUUUAUGAAGAAUUAUAUCUGCAACUGACCUUCGGGCCUUUGCACGACUGACGAGCGUGCCUUUAGGACGAGCGGCAUGGUCGACUCUAGAAGGGUUAGAGUUAGAGAAUUUUUUCCAGUUCCUACGUUCUCUUGCGCCACUGUAGAAUUUUUCGGAUUAAAUGGGUUAUGAUACUUGAACCCCACGGUGAUUAAUAAAUUUCGAGUAUGCUUCUCGGUUCGUUUGGUAUAGUAUGAUCGAAAAUACGAUCGAAUAUAAAUUCGUAAUUCAAAUAUCGCGAAUUUUUACCUGUUCAUAAAUAUAAAUUUAAAUUAAAUUUAAAUUAUCAAUGAGAUUAUGUUGCGACUGACAAAUUACUAUUAAUAAUAUUGUUACAAUAUAUUAUUAGUAUGAUAUCGCGAGAAAUUUUUGGUCUAAAAGUAAUUAUUAACGAUUUCAAUAUCGGUUUAAUAUAUUAUUCCCAACAUUUUAACUAACGAUCCUGUAUUUCGACUAUUAAGCCGUACCGGAUCCGGGCACUCAAGGAUUUUAAGGGUUUGGGAUUACGGCCUACAGGGUAAUUUUGCUUCUCGAAUAGAGUCGAACUUUAAGUAUACUUUAUACCGGUAAAAGUAUUAAGUUUCCAAAAUAGUCAUGUAAUCCUAAGUGGAUGACAAAUAAAACCAGACAUUAAUUACUGUAUUCUCUGAAUCGAUCGUAAAGUUUUGAAAUGUAGUGGCGUAAGAGGAACAGGGAUUACAUCGAGGACCUAAAUGUCCUUGAACGUACAGGAAAGACACAUGGAAGCGAGUAUACGAGAAGCGCAAGGACUGACUAUCGACUAUCGAGCGUCGUAUUUCCUUUUCUAGCUGCCCUGAAAACGUUUGAAAGAUUUAUGGCUCGAAGGGCGAGAGACGUUCGAUCGCGUCAAGCUCGAAAGGAUCGCUCAGAAUGUUAGAUUUCGGCGACACACACGAAACAUUGAUGUUUGUGUUUAACAAAAUAAAACGAAGGAGAAAAAAUAAUAAGAAGGACGAUUAAACUAUUUCGGUUUUCACGAGGAGAUAAUAUGAUUAUUUUUUAACUCGAGAACCGUCUCUUGUUGAUCAGUGUUGUUUGAAGAGUUGUGAAUAGAGAAGAAAGUUUGUGGUGAAUGAAAAAUUAUGAAGGUAGGACGAUGGCUGACGUAUGAUAAACGAUUCAUAUACUUUCAUUAUCUUUAAAUAACGAUUAUCGUUAAAUAACGCAAAAUGCUCGACGAAAUCGAGGGCCGAUUUUUUAAUUGUACAAAUCGGUAAAAGAAAUUUAUUUGACGAUAUUCUUUUAUCUACGGUUUUAGACUUUCCUUCGACAAUUUUUUUUUUCUUUUUUUAUUUAUUUAAAAUAAUAUUUUAUCAUCCGCCAUUCGAAUGAAAUCGUCCUAGCAAUUGAAACUCGACGAAACGAGUCAAAGCGUAGAACGAGCGGUCGAGAAUAGGCUCCUGUGAUAAAAUUAAACAAAAAAAGAGAAAAAGUAAAAAUGUAAUAAAAAGGUAAAAAAAAUAAACGAGUGAUGUUGGCCGCUAUCACACGCUGGCAUCGUCGAGCCUAAAACAAGAGGGCGAAAGGACAUAUUCUAUACAAAUCUAGUGAAAAUAUUCAAAUAAAUAUUAUGAAUAAUUAUUUGUAAUUAUAUUAUUAUAUAUAUAUUAUUAUAAUUAUUAUAAUUAUUGCAAAGUGAAAUUAAUAUAAAAAUUAUACGUUGCGUUCGGGACAAGUGGUAAGUUUAGAAAUGGAAAUUACACGGUUCUUUCCUUCUUUCCUGCUCGUCUCAGAAAAUACAUGGCUUCGCGAGACAAAGAAAGAAAGAAGAAUCUUGUGCGCGUACGGUGAUUCCUAUCGAUAUCGCGAAACUAUGAUAUUCUAUCCACUACUACUCUGUACAUUUGAUCAUAAUUAAACUAACAUAUAUUUUGUUUCUUACGAUAAUAAAGUAUAUAUUCUUCUUGACGAUAACGCAAAUUCUAUUUAUUUAAAUUAAAUAAUUCGUUGCGUAACAAAUAAUAUAUUAGGAAAUGUAUUAUUUCUACGUCGGAAUAAUAUUCAAACGUUUAAUUUUCUACAAUGAUUUUACAUAAAGAAUACAUGUGUAUAUAUCAUAUAAAUUUUUUAAAUAUCAAUAUCUUGUUGGAUACCCGUUUUGUUUUAUUACACGUCGUAAUCAAUGUGGCAUGUUUGUCAUAAUUUUUUGUGAAUAAUUUUGCGUGAUACUCGUUUUCGAUUGGAAUCAAAUCCGAUGAUUACGGUGGAUGUAACGCGCGAGGGCAACUAUAUAAUUGAUAUUCCUGAACUACCCUGUUUUUACGCUUCGAGUCAAUACCACGAUAAAAUUCUAAUGUAUUUUCAAUGUCCAUAGCAGUUACAUUUUAUUUUAAAUUUCGUUUGAAAAUAUUUAUAAUCUCUAUAUUUUUAAUCUCGUUCAUCAAGUAUCUCUGGCCAUCUCUUUUGACAAAAUCACUUUAUACGAUCCUCGUAUAAAAUUGUAUAUUUUCAUAAUGUCUGUAAAUUUAAGAGACUGCCGAUCUCCCGAUAAAAUUUUCCUUUUUUUUUAAAUCGUUUAUUUUGCCAAGAUUUGUUUUUUUUUUUUUUGAUACAUUUUUGAUAUUCAUAAUAAACAAUGAAUUUGAGUAAAGUGUGUUAGACAAAAGUACCGAUACGCGACGGUACGACGUAGUCAUGUUAUAUUUAGGUUAUAUAUAGGUUUUACGACUUUUGUGUUUAUGUUUGGUUUUUGGAUUUAAGCCGCAGGGGAGCGGAGAUUAUUGUUUGUUGUAUUUUUGUCCUGAAACUUGGCCGUAAAACAGGACUCUUCGGAAAAUUUUCCUUUCCCGCGGUUGAAAAUGACUAAUCGUCGCGCGUCAAUAAAAGUAUCUUCGCUUUUCUGUUUCAUAUUCAACAUUUCUGACUGAUGACAAUGAUUUUCAAGCAAUAACUGAUAUUUCGAAGUACGCUUCUUGCGUCUUGCUCAACGUAUGCUUGUAAAAUAUAUCAAAGCUAUAGAAAUGUAAUCAACAAAUAAAUAUUAAAUGUCCGAAGAUUUUUCCAACGUACGAAUACUACAUUUCCUAAUACAUUAUUUGUUAUGCCACAAAUUAUUUAAGAAAAUACACGCUUUAUUAUCAGAAAAAACAAAAGAUACGUUAAUUUAAUUAUGGUCAAAUGUACGGAAUAAUAAUGGAUAGAAUACUAUAGUUUCCGAAUAUUAACGAGAGUCACUGUAUAUAGAAUCGCGUAGAAUUCUUGUUGGAUAAAUGAAAGAACGUUUAACAAGUUGAACACCACAAUCUCAACAGUGUGAAUUUCGAAUUUAUCUUGACGUAAAGAUAGUAAAUUUUCAGCUGUAAGUUAUAAUAAACAUAUUUUUUGCAUUUAAAGCAGGGAAAUAGGAUGACGGUAAUUAUAUGAAAAUUCUAUAGAAAUAAGAAAGAAGAGAAUCUCAAAGUAGGUUAAUUUUCAAUAAAAAUCGAAUAGAUUUCAGUUAUAAAUGUUACAUUUCUGCCGAAAGACAAUCUUUUCGGCAGAUAUUCGUUCGACGAUCCCCUUAGAAAUUGUAUUGAAAUUUUCUUAAGAAUUAUUUCCAAAAUUCGAACGCGUACGAGACUAAAUAUUCGUUGUAGUGUUCAGUUUGUUAAAAAGAGAAGAUUUAAGGAUACGAAGACAGGGAACAGGGUUUUUUUACCGUGGAAGAAUUAUGGACCACUGAAACAACUUUCCUGAAACUAUGGGAGUUCCUUACGUUCGAUAAAUAGGAGCAACCCUUGCGUUUUAACAGCUUUGUCGGAUCGACGUGAUUGCUGAAUACUAUCUUAUAGCAUCGAGCGUGAUUCGUCUUUAACUCCCCUGAUACUAAAAUUUUAAUUACGAUAGUUUAUGAAACUAUUAAUUAAGUCAUUUAGAAUUUCAAAUCUAAAUUAUCCAUGUCUUCGGAAUUAAAUAAGUAUAAAAAAAAAAUACUUACAAAUUAUAGGACUUUAAACUACUCAGGAAAAGUAGAAAUACAUAAUUCGUAAUAACUUACACGUUAUAUUUACGUUAAAGUUACCGUAAAAGAACGAAAAUUAAAAGAUUUUAAAAUUAUGUAGGAGUAAAGUUUGAUUAAAAAGAAGAUUAUGUUUCUCGAGAGAUUCAUUUCGUAUCGAGGGAGUUAAAUCAACUAACGUUCGAAUUAAAUACAUUUACGUUUUUUUUUACUAUUAUUCCUAGUACCGUAUUUACGUUGUUCGCCAUUGUAAAGAGUAACGAGCAGCCUAGAUUUCCGCGACGAUGGUAUUCGUGGAACCUCGAUGCAGGAUCGUUUUAAGAUUACGUGAUAUUUCUUUCCCUUUUCUGUUUUAGACUAGCCCACUGUAACCAGUUAAUCAUACUUAAUAAUCUAUCGAUUUACAUUAAGAAUUUAUACAUGCAACCGUAAAAAUGAAAGUGCAAAUGCGAAUGCACUUGGCCGAGCCGUUUAUGACAUUCAACGUGAAUUUUCAAUUUGAUCGUGAAUCUCUUAAAUGAUGUUCAAUCCGUACGAUGUAUUAGAAAACAAAAAAAAAAAAAAAAAGAGAAAGAAGAACUUUCCGAGUAGCUGAAUGUAAUUUCGCGUCUAUUGCAUAAAAAUGUUACAAUCCAACGAAGGAAAGUUUGCGGCAGAAAAUCAAUCACAGAUUAAAUUUAAACGUUGUAUGUUCUUACUGAUUCUUACUGAUCAUUGUUCUGUUAUUAAUGAAUGCAGUGGUUUCCUGAAAAUCGCGUAAAAGAAUUGCAAGACAAAAUGGAUUGUGGUUCGCUAUAAAAAUUCUGUGUGAAAUUCCAAUUGCGGGAACUUUAACGAAUAAAAGAAAUUUACGUGGACAGAGAAAA